AUGUUUGCGAAUGAAGCUCUCAAAGUCCUUAAUCACUAUCGCGCGAAAAGAUACAGCUCAAACCUCACUCCAGUGCAAAAACGUGGUAUGCGAGAGGUACGAGAGCUGAUAAGGUUGAAAACCAUAAGACUACCCGUUAGUGAUAAAGGCGGAGAGUUUGUCGUAAUUCCUCAUCAGUUAGAUGUCGAGAUAACGAAAAAGCAUCUCGAAGAUGCUUCGCUUUAUCACCCAUCAUCUGAGAAGGAAUUUAAAAGUAAAUACCAAAAAUUGAACCACGAAUGGGUCAAAAUGGCAAGGGCUGCUGGUUUAAAACUAUCAGUUAUCUCUCAACUAAAGCUGACUUACCAACAUGCCCGUCUUGUACUUGCUUAUAAAAACUCAUAA